CUCCCUCUCCCUCUCUCUGUUUUACCAAACUAAGCCAAACCUCAGCCUCUUGAAAAAUAUUCCACCUCUCUCUCUCUCUCUCUCUCAAUUUUUACAGUCACAUUUUUUUCCAGCUUAUCAAGGAAUCACUGAAGCACCACCGAGAGAUCGAAGGGCAGUCGUUUUUGUGCCUGUAAUGUUGUCAUGUUGGGGAUGUUAAACCACAAACUUUUGAUUCUUGAUUGUGGAAAUUACUUGCGCGCUGUUGUUACUUUGGUUGCCCAAGUGGUGAAUUUGUGAGUUAUGGCCUGCUCAUCGGAAAGAUGGAUCGAUGGACUGCAAUUCUCCUCAGUGUUUGGGCCUCCCCCGCAGGAUGCUCCGCGGCGGAAGGCUCAAAUCACGGCCUAUGUGGAGUACUUUGGUCAAUUUACAUCAGAACAAUUUCCAGAGGAUAUUUCUGAGCUGAUCCGUAACCGCUACCCUUCCGAGGUGCAGCGUCUCUUUGAUGAUGUCCUAGCUAUGUUUGUUCUUCAUCAUCCCGAGCACGGGCAUGCUGUGGUCCUUCCCAUUAUUUCAUGUAUCAUUGAUGGCACUCUUCCCUAUGAAAGGACUAGUCCACCAUUUGCCUCUUUCAUAUCCUUAGUCUGCCCAAGCAGUGAGAACGAAUACUCCGAGCAGUGGGCUCUGGCAUGUGGGGAAAUUUUACGAAUCUUAACUCAUUACAAUCGCCCAAUAUACAAGGUAGAACAACAGAAUAGUGAAACAGAAAGAAGCAGUAGUGGAAGCCAUGCUACAACAAGUGAUUCGGUUGAUGGUGAAUCCAGCCAUGUACCAUUAGUACAGCAAGAGAGGAAGCCUGUAAGACCGUUAUCCCCCUGGAUAACCGAUAUAUUGCUUGCUGCCCCACUGGGUAUCAGAAGUGAUUACUUCCGCUGGUGCAGUGGAGUCAUGGGGAAAUAUGCUGCGGGAGAACUAAAGCCACCAUCAACUGCUUCUUCCCGUGGAUCUGGAAAACAUCCUCAACUCAUGCCAUCAACUCCUAGAUGGGCUGUUGCAAAUGGUGCUGGAGUUAUAUUAAGUGUUUGUGAUGAGGAAGUUUCUCGCUAUGAAACUGCUACGUUGACAGCCGUAGCUGUCCCUGCACUUCUACUUCCACCUCCAACAACAGCUUUUGAUGAGCAUCUAGUGGCAGGACUACCAGCUCUCGAGCCAUAUGCGCGUUUAUUUCACAGGUAUUAUGCUAUUGCUACUCCAAGUGCUACCCAAAGGCUUCUGCUUGGACUUCUGGAAGCACCACCAUCAUGGGCUCCCGAUGCACUUGAUGCAGCUGUACAGCUUGUGGAGCUUCUUCGCGCUGCUGAAGAUUAUGCAUCUGGAAUACGGCUUCCAAGGAACUGGAUGCAUUUGCAUUUCUUACGUGCAAUUGGGACUGCAAUGUCCAUGAGAGCAGGUAUAGCAGCUGAUGCUGCAGCAGCUUUACUUUUCCGGAUACUCUCUCAACCUGCAUUGCUUUUUCCUCCCCUAAGACAGGUUGAGGGAGUUGAAGUUCAACAUGAGCCUUUGGGUGGCUACAUCUCAAGCUACAGGAAGCAGAUAGAAGUUCCUGCGGCUGAAGCAACAAUUGAAGCUACUGCCCAAGGGAUUGCUUCUAUGCUCUGUGCCCAUGGACCUGAGGUUGAAUGGAGAAUCUGUACCAUAUGGGAAGCCGCCUAUGGUCUAAUUCCUUUAAGUUCCUCCGCAGUUGACCUUCCUGAGAUCAUUGUUGCUACUCCAUUACAGCCUCCAAUAUUAUCCUGGAAUCUAUACAUACCCCUCCUUAAGGUUUUGGAAUAUCUUCCUCGUGGAAGUCCAUCUGAAGCUUGUCUAAUGAAGAUAUUUGUUGCCACAGUUGAAGCAAUUCUACAAAGGACAUUUCCACCUGAGUCUUCAAGAGAUCAGAACAGAAAAACAAGAUACCUUUUUGGUAUAGGGUCUGCCUCAAAAAACCUGGCUGUGGCAGAGCUUCGGACAAUGGUUCACUCACUAUUCUUAGAAUCAUGUGCAUCUGUAGAGCUUGCUUCACGGCUACUGUUUGUAGUGUUAACUGUUUGUGUUAGUCAUGAAGCCCAGUCCUGUGGGAGUAAAAAAGCACGAGUUGAAGAAAGCUAUCCACUUGAUGAGUUUGUAGAGGAAUCACGAGAGAUGUCUGAGAAGCAUACAGACAGAACAAGUAAAAAUUCCAAAAAACAAGGACCUGUAGCAGCUUUCGACUCUUAUGUUCUAGCUGCUGUUUGUGCUCUUUCCUGUGAGCUUCAAUUAUUCCCUUUAAUCUCAAGGGGGAGCAACCAUUCACGCUCUAAAGAGGUGAAAAAUAUGGCAAAGCCUGCCAAACCAGUUGGAUCUGCCAAUUCUUGUAAAAAGGUCAAUGGAUCUACUAAUGAAUUUCAAAGUAGCGUGGACUCAGCAAUAUGCCACACACGCAGAAUAUUGGCCAUUUUGGAGGCACUGUUUUUGCUGAAACCAUCUUCUGUUGGCACCUCCUGGAGUUACAGUUCAAAUGAGAUAGUUGCAGCAGCUAUGGUUGCCGCUCAUGUAUCUGAAUUAUUUAGAUGGUCAAAGGCUUGCAUGCAUGCUCUGUGUGUCUUAAUGCGCUGCAAGUGGGAUAAUGAAAUUUCCUCCAGAGCAUCAUCACUAUAUAAUCUGAUUGAUAUUCAUAGCAAGGUUGUUGCAUCGAUUGUUAACAAGGCUGAACCACUGGAAGCACACUUGAUGCAAGUGCCAAUUUGGAGGGAUUCUUUCGUGUGUUCUGAAGGUAGAAAGCUAAGUCGAUGUGGAAAGAGUAAAUGUGUUAAUGUUGGGCAGUCAUCUGUAUCACAAUAUAAGGGUUCAGCACCUUUAGAUACAAGAAUUAAAUCUGAGAGUGCAUCACAUUCUAAUGGGGUUUCUGGAACAUUUGGUAAAGGUGUUGCAAAUUUUCCAUUAGAUGCUUCGGAAUUGGCCAACUUCCUUACAAUGGACAGGCAUAUAGGAUUUAGUUGCAGCGCGCAGGUUCUUCUAAGAUCGGUACUGUCAGAGAAACAAGAGCUAUGUUUCUCAGUUGUCUCACUGUUGUGGCACAAGUUAAUUGCAUCUCCUGAGACCCAACCUACUGCUGAAAGCACUUCUGCUCAACAAGGAUGGCGGCAGGUCGUUGAUGCAUUAUGCAAUGUUGUGUCAGCCACACCAACAAAAGCAGCUACAGCAGUUGUUCUUCAGGCAGAGAGGGAAUUGCAGCCUUGGAUUGCUAAAGAUGAUGAUCAAGGUCAAAAGAUGUGGAGAAUCAACCAGAGGAUUGUGAAAUUGAUUGUAGAGUUGAUGAGGAUUCAUGAUAGCCCAGAAUCAUUGGUAAUUUUGUCUAGUGCCUCAGAUCUACUCCUGCGUGCCACUGAUGGGAUGCUUGUUGAUGGAGAAGCUUGCACUUUACCACAACUGGAGCUACUGGAAGCAACUGCUAGAGCCGUUAAGCCUGUGCUAGAGUGGGGAGAAUCUGGGCUUGCAGUUGCAGAUGGCCUUUCAAACCUGUUAAAGUGCCGUCUGUCAGCUACUAUCCGAUGUCUUUCGCAUCCUAGUGCACACGUUCGCGCUUUGAGCGUAUCGGUCCUUCGUGAUAUUUUGCAAACCAGUUCAGUUCGACCUAAUCCUAAUCCAGUGCAAAUAAAUGGUACCCAUGGUCCUUCCUACAAGUAUUUUAACUUAGAUGUUAUUGAUUGGCAAGCCGAUAUUGAAAAGUGCUUGACAUGGGAAGCUCAUAGCCGACUUGCAACUGGAAUGCCCAUUAAAUUUCUGGAUACUGCUGCCAAGGAAUUGGGUUGUGCCAUUUCUGUAUAAUGUAAACUAGCAUCAGGUGGAUCAUUUUUCUUGUGAGAUUUACCAUUAGGUACGUGCAUCUUUAAUUGCCUUGAAAGAUUCGGGUUUCCACUUUCCGGGUACAGGUAAAUAUACUUUUUUCUUACUCUUGGGACUGCCUGUUGUCAAAUUAUUCUUUUCUGGUGUGACCUGACGGCUUCUCAAUAAUAGGAUAAUUUGUGUAAAAUGGGAGGUGAGACAAUUGAACGUAUACAUAUACUCUGAUUGCGGGCAUUGUGUUGUGAUCUUCAAUUGUUAUAAAAAAAUGUUAGAUCUGCUUCAUGU